UAAAUGAAAUGAGAAGGACUGUACCUUGCUUAUCAAGACAGCAGUUAGAACAGACAAUUAUUAUACCUGCUAGUUGAUCGCAUUCAUUUUAACGUUUCAGGUACCAGUAUGAAGACCAAUAUGAACAUUAUCUUUUUAUUCAUCGCUAUUACAAGAUUUCCUGAUUCAAAAGCCGGUAACACUAAACUAUCGGAAGAUAACCCCACUGAACAAGAAGAAUGGCUAAAACAUCCUUACGAAGACCGGUUCGGUGGUUUUAAAGAAAAUGAUGAACUACGUUCUGGGGACAAGCAGCAUGUGGAUUCUACAGGAAGUGAUUUAUUUGAUGAACACGAUGGCGAGAAGCGUCACAUGGAUUCUAUUGCAAGUGACUUAUUUAAGCGCCAAGAAGCCGAUAAACGUCACAUGGAUUCUAUAGCAAGUGACCUAUUUAAACGCCAAGAAGCUGAAAAGCGCCACAUGGAUUCAAUUGCCAGUGAUCUGUUUAAGCGCCAGGGCACUGGUGCCGAAAAACGUCACAUGGAUUCUAUAGCCAGUGAUCUAUUUAAGCGACAAGAUGGCGAGAAACGUCACAUGGAUUCGAUUGCCAGUGAUUUAUUUAAGCGCCAGGGUGGCGAAAAACGGCAUAUGGAUUCGAUUGCAAGUGAUUUAUUUAAACGUCAGGACGAUCAAAAGCGUCACAUGGAUUCGAUUGCAAGUGAUCUGUUUAAACGUCAAAAUAAUCAGAUUGAAUCCAUUUCGAGCGAGCAUCACGAUUCUGAAAAACGUCACAUGGAUUCUAUUGCAAGUGAUUUAUUUAAGCGCCAAGAUGGUGAAAAGCGUCAUAUGGAUUCAAUUGCAAGCGAUCUGUUUAAACGCCAAAAUAAUCAAAUUGAAUCCAUUUCGAGCGAGCAUCACGAAGCUGAAAAACGUCACAUGGAUUCUAUUGCAAGUGAUUUAUUUAAGCGUCAAGAUGGUGAAAAGCGUCAUAUGGAUUCUAUUGCAAGUGAUUUAUUUAAGCGCCAGGGUGGUGAAAAGCGCCAUAUGGAUUCUAUUGCGAGUGAUCUGUUUAAGCGACAAGAUGGUGAAAAACGUCACAUGGAUUCGAUAGCAAGUGAUCUGUUUAAGCGUCAAGAUGGUGAAAAGCGUCACAUGGAUUCGAUAGCGAGUGAUUUAUUUAAGCGACAAGAUGGUGAAAAACGUCACAUGGAUUCAAUAGCGAGCGAUCUAUUUAAGCGUCAAGACAUUAAGAGGCGCCAUAUGGACUCAAUAGCCAGUGAUCUUUUUAAGAGACAAGAUUAUGAUAAGCGCCAUCUUGAUUCAAUUGCAGGAGACCUUUUUGCAAAACGUCAUAUGGAUUCUAUUGCCAGCGACCUAUUUAAGCGCGAUCGGUCAUCAAAGCGACAUUUAGAUUCUAUCGCCGGAGAUUUAUUCGCAAAACGACCAAUGGAUUCCAUAGCAAAUGAUCUGUUCAAGAGAAGUGAUGUUGAAUUGGUUCAAAAAAGCUCAAUGGAUCCAAUUGCCGAUGAACUGCUAAAUAGAUUAAACGGAAAUAAACGACAUUUAGAAUCUAUUGCUAGUGAUCUUAUUAGAAAACGUCAUUUGGACUCGCUGGCUAGUGAUCUUUUUAAGAAAAGGCAGUUUGACCACAUCACCGGAAGUCUGUUUACUAAAAGACAUCUUGACAAUAUCGCGGGUGAAAUUUUCAAAAGAGCAAACAUGAAGACCAUGAAGGACGCGCAAGCUAUUGACAACAACAGCUCAGUGGAACCAAGAAUGCGCCGAAGACGUUCUCUGUACAAUUCGUCACGCUACCGAAGAAACGAAAGAUUUAGUAACUGGAACAACUACAGGAACAACUAUGGUUUCGGUCACAAGAGAUACAUUGACAACAUUGCGAACAGCCUCUUGAAGCGAUCAUCACCAACACCAUACCAAGAAAAUAUUUAUAAACAUUUGAUCCAACGGCGAUUCGUAGAUUCUAUUGCAAACCAUCUUCUUAUCCGAUAACAUGAAUGGUGAUCCAAGUCUCGGAGACAUAUUAUUUUUUAUAAAAUAAAAUACACACUCGUGUCAGCUGAACCAGUCUCGAAAAAUUCGAAGAAAUGUGCAAACUAUAAGGAAAUGAUUUUUUCUACUUUCUAUUUUCAAGCCUGAAUAACGUUCUUUUGGAUAUUUAACUCUAUUUUUUCAAUAAAAAAUUACUAUGAACGCUUUGUUGAAACUAUAUAGAAUAAAUAUUAGCGAUAAAUUGUUUAUAUUACAUAAAAUCUUAUAAAUUAAUACGCCAUUGAUCAUUUAAAAAUUGAGAACAUUUAACUUUCCAUUUAUGGACUUAUAACGUCAUGUCUAGAUUAUUUACAAAGUGGGAUGUAUUUUACGGACGUGACCAUUUUGUACAUUAUCUAAAACUACAGAAACAUUACUUACUUGGUAAUUUAUUCCCUUGUUUAAUUAUAUUUAAGUGAAAUUUUGGUUAAUUUUGUGCCAUACUCGUUUAAUUAUGAUUAUUAUUUUGAUGUAAAUAUUGUAUUUGUUUUCGUUUGUUAUAGAAUUGAGACUUUCGAACAGGUGGGCAGAUCGCUUCAAGUUACAGGCCAAACAUUGCUUUAACUGACUGACAAACAGCUCCGAUGAAAACUUGUUGAAGCUUUCAGCCCCUGUUUGAUUGGAAAUAUUCGAGUGUUUAAGAUCAAUAAUUAAAAGGACAUUAAUAUGCGUCAGGCGUGAGAACACCAUUUUAGAAUUUAAUGUUUUACUGCCAUACUUGAUACUGUUUCGUACAACUCUUCUAGUCUUUUUCUCAUUAACUAUUUUUUGUAGAAAAUGACAAAGUCGGUUCUACUGAUAUAAGAUUAUGAAUUAAAUGCUGAAGUCAAUAAGCCGUGAUCUGCUUCAGUCUACCUACCUUUAAUCAAUUAUCUCCCUUUGUCUACAAAGCUGGACGUCAAAGAAAUCUCCAGAAUCAAAUGCUGAGUAUUGCUGAGCUCCUACAUCAGCUAAAAUAACACUUCAAUGAUGGUUGUCGAUGUAUAAUGCUCCAAAUAUCAUAAUAACAAUUGAAUGUACUUUCAGUUAUAUAAAACUUUAUUGAUAUUUUAUUGAUUUAUUGUUUAUUUGAACGCAAUAAAUGUUGAAUUUGAACGUGUAA